ACAGUGCAAAGUCAGCAAGUGCAACUCAAGGAAGAAGAAAGACGCGACGCAACCGAAACAGCCAUUUCCUCGUGAGGGAGGGGGGGAAGGAGGCCACCAGAUAUACGCCGUUCUCUCUCUCUCUCUCUCUCUCUAUAUAUAUAUAUAUAUGUACGCGUGUGUGUAGGUGUGUGUUUAGGGUACACUCUGUGGGGGAGCAGUGAGUGUGGCGAAAAAUUGGGAGAAAAAUGAUGUGGGAAGGUGCAGGAGGAGGAGGAGGAGGAGGAUCGACGGAGUCGUCGUCGGCGGCUGGGGGAGAGGCGGCCGGCGGAGUGGUGCGGCGGAAGCCGUCGUGGACGGAGCGGGAGAACAACAGGCGGAGGGAGCGGAGGCGGCGGGCAAUUGCUGCGAAGAUAUACGCCGGCCUCAGGGCGCAGGGGAAUUACAACUUACCCAAACACUGCGACAAUAAUGAGGUCCUCAAAGCUCUCUGUGCCGAGGCUGGUUGGAUCGUCGAGCCUGACGGAACUACUUAUCGCAAGGGUUGCAAGCCAAUUCCAAUGGAAGUAGGCGGUACUUCAGCCAACAUCACCCCGAGCUCGUCGCGAAAUCCUAGCCCUCCAUCAUCCUAUUUCGCAAGUCCAAUCCCUUCUUACCAACCUAGCCCAUCAUCCUCGUCGAUCCCCAGCCCUUCAAACAACGAUCCCAACGCCUCACCCCAUCCAUUCGCGUUCCUCAUUAACUCAAUCCCGUCAUCUCUCCCCCCUCUGCGUAUAUCUAACAGCGCCCCCGUCACCCCCCACUUGUCAUCCCCGACUAGACCCCCGACACAAACUUUCACCUUGGAUACACUUGCCAAACAAUCCAUGUCCGCUUUAAACAUCCCUUUCUUCUCCGCCCCGUCCAGCCCUAACCGCACCCGACGCUUCACCCCGACUACUAUUCCCGAAUGCGACGAGUCUGACUCGUCGACUAUCGACUCCGGCCAGUGGAUGAACUUCCAAGCCUACGCUAAUCCUGCUGGUGUCCUCCCUGCUUCUCCGACGUUUAAUCUUAUCAAAUCUGUCGACCCGGUGGCUCCUAAGAAUGCUAUGCUGUUGGAUAAGGGGAAGGCGCCGGAAAUCGACUCGGCUGUGAAGCCAUGGGAGGGGGAGAGGAUCCAUGAAGUCGGGAUGGAUGAUCUUGAGCUCACCCUUGGCCGUUGAUUUUACCUUUGGAGAUCGAACAGGUUUGUCGUAAAACUUCUUCUUCUUCUUCUUCUUCUUCUUCGUUCGGGUACUUUUAUUUAUUUUUUUUCGACGACUUAUCGAAUCCAUUUAAUGAUUUAAAGACUGAUUCAGAUAUGAACCUCUUGCCCAUUGUUCUUCAGAAUUAGAGAUGUUGUUGAUGGA